AUGCGCAACGGGAAAGAAAAUAUCGUCCUCGCCCGAGGCGUGUAUCCAAGUGCGUUGGGGCUCUAACACUGUCGUGUUUGGCGUUCUUGUGCCGAGCCUCGACCACACAGUGUUGGACCUCAAGCAGUACAUAUUGGAGACCGUCGGCUACACUGCCGUACGCACGAGCCCCAUACAGACAGUACACACACAAGGAACACAUCCAGAGGAGCGUCGUGUUGUUCUUCAGGGAUUCAGGGAGGCGAGGGAGAUCCAGUUCGUUAACUGCGGUGAUUGUGCAGAAGACAGGACAUUGAGGGAGGUGUUUGGCGCAACUGGUUUGGGAAUGUCACACCUCAGACCAUUUAUCAUCCACACACACUGUACGGUUGACCCACACACGGCGACAAAGUGUGAAAACCCUGAUCGUGUCGUGUGCAGGUGCAUAUACGCCCGCGGCGCCGACUGCUGUUGACGAGAGCAGAAGGGAUGAACGGAUACGAAGCUGUUGUGCGUGUGUUGACCCUUCAGCUUCCGUGGAGCCUGAGCGGGAGCCUGAAGUCGAAGUCAGGCACCGGUGCAUCCAAGGCAGAUGAGGCUGGAAUGAUUUACAGGAGAGAGGAGAUUGGCGUCGGCGGC